AGAAGCAUUCAUAUCCAGGAUCUUUGGCUUUGUAGCCCUCUUUACUCUGCUGUUGCUGUUUUGCUAUUCUGCUGCAGCCAGCUCAAUAAUUGCAUUGUCAAAUAACAGGCCUCUGUUUCAGGUCAGGGGACAUGCUGUUGAUGCUUGAGAGACAGAUGAGUCCUCUGCUGCAUCAUUAGCAUUGGCUGAGUACUCUAGGGGCCCCCCUACCCCCACCCCCUUUUCUUUUUGUUUUAACGCAUGCACCAUCUGCUCACGUGACAUUGUGUUGCUGUACCCAGCACUGCUGUCAGCCAUCUUGGUCAACACCCACCCAGUGCAUUCACUGCGGUGCACAGUCCAAUCAGAGCAAACCGGUGCUAAGCUGACCAGAGGAGGUCUGUGAUUUUCAGCACGGUGCUCUCUUGCAUUUUAAAUCCCCAGUCUGCACAAAAGAGGGAUAAGAGGUUGAAAAGGAGGAGGAGGUUUGGAGGAGGAGAGGGCAGGGCAGCCUUCCCCAAGACAGCAGCAUAUUUCACUCAGCUGUAACGAAGAGGAGAGGAGGAUGCAGGCUUGAAGAGGAGGAAAAGCAGCUCCCUUUCAAACACCUGCUGAAAGCUGCUCUGGGCCUUCCCUGUCUUGGCCUUUUAUCCUUUUUUGUUGCUCAUUUCAUCCUCUCUGAUUUCUUCUUCUCUUUGACUCUUUUUUUUUGGGGGGGGGGGUCCUUUUACCGGUUUCUGGAACAAAAGCUGCUGCGCCUUUUUUCCCUCCUCGGUGGUGUUGGUUUUGCCUCACAUCAGCUGAGUCAUCAUGUCUGAUCUGACGCCUCAGAGCGAAACCCCGACUCCCACCACCGACAAGAUCACCCAGGCUGCGCGGGAGACCAUUUAUCUCUGCAACUUUCGCGUGUCUGUCGAUGGCGAGUGGCUUUGCCUUCGCGAGCUCAACGACAUUUCCCUCACCCCAGACCCAGAGCCAGCCCAUGAAGAUCCCAAGGACCCCAUCGCGAUUGAAAGGCUUAACUUGAUGAAUAUGGCCAAACUGAGCAUCAAAGGCCUCAUUGAGUCUGCUCUCAACCUUGGACGCACGCUUGACUCUGACUAUGCACCUCUCCAGCAGUUCUUUGUUGUGAUGGAGCACUGCCUGAAACAUGGAUUGAAAACCAAGAAGACUUUCCUGGGGCAGAACAAGUCAUUCUGGGGGGCAUUGGAGCUGGUCGAGAAGCUGACGCCUGAGGCAGGAGAGAUCACUGCCAGUGUAAAAGACCUGCCCGGCCUCAAAACUCCUUUAGGAAGAGGGCGUGCCUGGUUACGACUGGCUCUGAUGCAGAAGAAGCUCUCUGACUACAUGAAGACCAUCAUCAACAGAAAGGACCUGCUCAGCGAGUUCUAUGAGCCGAAUGCGUUGAUGAUGGAGGAGGAGGGAGCUGUCAUCGCUGGGCUGCUCGUUGGGCUAAAUGUCAUUGAUGCCAAUCUGUGUAUGAAGGGAGAGGACCUGGACUCUCAGGUUGGCGUGAUUGAUUUUUCAAUGUACCUGAAAGAUGGUGGACACAGUAGUAAGAGUGCAGAGGGCGAUGGUCAGAUCACAGCAAUUCUCGAUCAGAAAAAUUAUGUGGAAGAGCUGAACAGACACUUAAGUGCAUCAGUAAAUAACCUCCAGGCCAAGGUGGAUGCUCUGGAGAAGUCCAACACAAAGCUAACAGAAGAGCUUGCAGUGGCAAAUAACAGGAUCAUCACUUUACAAGAAGACGUGGAGAGAGUAAAGGAGGAGAGCUCAUACCAGCUGGAGUCCAGGAAGGCCUUAAGAAGUGACUCAACACCAGAUGGACAAGCACUGGGUGAAACACGCAAGCAGCUCAAAGAGGAAACUUUGCUUCGACUGGAUGUGGAGAAAGAGCUGGAGGUGCAGAUCGGGAUGAAGCAGGAGAUGGAGCUGUCCAUGAAGAUGCUGGAGAAAGACAUCUGUGAGAAACAGGACGCUCUGGUUGAGCUCCGACAGCAGCUGGAGGACCUUCGUGUCAUCAACCAACAGCUUAGCCACAAGGCGCAGAGUGCAGAUGUCAGCUCAAAACAGAAGGGUGAAGCUAUCACUCACCUGGAGGAGAAAAUAAACCAGAUGACAGGGACUGUGAAACAGAUGGAGACCAGAUGCAAACAGGCUGAGAGAGAGAGGGAUCUGGCUGUAGAGGCCAACCGACUCUUCAAACAGGACUUUGGAGACAAAAUAGAGAGUCUUCAGGCGGAGGUGGAGCAGCUGAGGAAGCACAGGUAUAAUCUGGAGCUGGAGCUGAGAAAAGAGCGAGAGCGAAGGAGUGAACAUCAUGUCAGCGCUGCUUCCAGACAGGCCAGCACUCCUCGGAGGGAGAGGAGACUCCCAGAGAACAUACCAAAACAGUGUCCUCCAGAAUCCCCAUCAGUCAAAAGGGACAAUGAACAGUUCCAGACAGGAGCAGAGGACAAAACAAGUCUGAGCUCCAGCUUGUCCUUGUCACACCAUGAGGAUGAACAGGACGAAUCGUUUGUGGAGAUCAGUCAGCCUUCCCUCUGUACGAUGUGUGAAGAGGACGACUCCCUCCUGAAGACAAAGAAACAGUGUAAGAACUGCAGUGGGGUUUUCUGUGAGAGCUGUGUGCGCAACGAGCUGCCGUUACCUUCCUCCAUUCUCCCAGAGACUGUGUGUAAAGCCUGCUAUUCUCUGCUACUCCAACAAUACGUUUCAACACCAACUUGAAACAACUGUACAUUUUACUGCUUUACACGGUGAUCAGACACAUGGAAACCAGAGGCAUUGAUUUGUAAAACUGGCACUGCAAAAACGCACUUUUUGACUUCAUGCCUUGAGGCACUGAAUGAUGAAAGAUCUGAUGAAGUCCUGUGAGUUCUGAACUUGCAUUUUAGUUACUUUAAGUUAGUCUUGUCCAAAUAUAUGCCAUUCAGAGCUGUUUAGAUGCAGGUUUUCAGCACACGUUUAGCCAUACUUCUUCCUUUUCUGGUUGAAAAUGUGAGUUGAGCUGCUGUGGAUUUUUUUGUGUGUGUGUGUGAAAACCUGCAACUCCAGAAAUCUGAAAAUGGCACCUGAUUAUCAAAAUCUAACUUGAAUCAAAAACUGACUUUUCACAAUGUCCACUAAGUGGAUUAUUGAUUAGAAGGUCGAGCGGCAAUAUUUUUGACCUCAGUUUUAAAAGAUGAAAAAGGAAAAACUGGACUUUUUUGUCAUGUCUCUGUAAUUUUAACCCUAACUGCUCUCAGUUAUAGCACAGAAGCUAAUUAUACACAAUUCAGUAUGUGAUGUAUGCAGUGAUGAAUGAAACCUUUCAUUCUGUCAUUCAGAUGAAACAUUGAUUUUUUUCACUCUUUUUAUUCUCAAAGUGGUAUCUGAUUCAGGGAACUGCUGACAAAAUCAAAUAUUCCAAACCUAACCUAACCAAAUGCUUUAUUAUACUAUGAUAUUAAACACAAUUAAAGAUCAGGAAAAGACAAAUACUGAAGUUUUAUCAAACGUUAUUACAACCAAAAUCCUGGACUGCAAGAGUUGAAGAGUCUCUUAUCAAACUAUCGAUACAUAAUGGACAUAUCAUCCAGCUUUGGUGUUCAGACUGCAGAGGAGAUCUGAUGUAUGUGAAAGGAAUGGUUUGACAUUUUGGGGAGCAAGCUUAUUCUUGAUAUGAUUCUCAUGUCUGUCUGUUCAGUAUGAAGCUAGCAGUCAGUUAACUUAGCUUAGCACAAAGACUGGAAACGUGGAGGAAACAGGUAGCCUAGCUGGAGUCUUGAAUGGGCUAAUGAGCAGGUAGGCUCUUGGCUUUGUGACUGAGCCAUACAGUCUUUAUGCUAAGCUAACUGGCUCACUGCUGCGACUUUAUAUCUACCAUACAGACACAAGCAUUUCUCCCAAAACGUCAGAUGGUUCCAUUGAGUUCAGAAAACUGAAUAUACUCGGUAUCAUUUUCUUUAAUGCUGUUGCUGUUGUGUUCUGUAUUAGUUGUAGCAUUAGUGGCAUAAACAAAAUGACUUAAAAAUCACCUGCUGACAGUUCAUAUUUUGUCACAUCAGAGUCUGGUUUAUCUCACAGCCUGUCAGUUAAAUCAAAAAAUUCAGCAUUCAGAUAUUUAGGUUCUAGUCUUUACUCUGGAUUAUUAUCAUUAUCAUUCUUUUUUUGGAUGUCAUAACAUAAUGGCACUUUUAAAUGCAAAGCUGAUUUGAAAUGGGCAUAUCAGUGCAUCUUUAUAACAGCUGUUUUUUAUUUUUUGUUGAUUUAUAUGAAGAAUAAGUAGAAGCUCAGUUAAACAUCUAGUUGUUCUUGUUGAAGCCAAUUAACAAGAGAUGGAAAUGCUUCUUAAGCAACAAUAAACUUUUAUAAAAUUUUA